UUCAAAUGUGGCAAGUGUCAGAGAGCAUUCAGUGAAUUGAGCCAACUACAGACACACAUUAGGCGACAUCAAGAGUACGAUGAUAAAGAAAAUUUGGAAUCACGUUCCACCCACGGUGUUGAAUUUGAGGAUGCUUCCUUCUAUGAAGAACCAAAGCCUUCUCGAGGCAAGUUGAGAGGGAAUGCUAAUGGAAUUGAUUCCAGACACCACAAAUGUCAGUACUGUGGAAAAGUUUUUACUCGGGCAUGGGAUCUUCGCAGCCACAUUCGAACCCAUACUGGGGAGAAACCUUACAAGUGUCAGUACUGCGGAGUAUCAUUCACUCAGGCUGAACAUCUACACCGCCACAUUCGAACUCACACAGGAGAUAGACCAUUUCAGUGUCAAUAUUGCGAAAAGACCUUCCAUAACCAUAGUUCUCUACGCAGCCACACUCGAACUCAUACAGGAGACAAACCUUACAAGUGUCCUCAAUGUGGAAAAUCAUUCAGUCACUAUGAUACUCUACGCAAACACAUUCGAACUCACACUGGGGAGAAACCUUACACAUGUCCUCACUGUGGAAAAUCAUUCACUCAGUCUAGUUCUCUACACCACCACAUUCGAACUCACACAGGUGAAAGACCUUACAAGUGUCCUCACUGUGGAAAGGCCUUCACUCAGUAUGGUUCUCUACACACCCACAUUCGAACUCACACUGGAGAUAAACCAUUUCAGUGUCAAUAUUGUGAAAAGACCUUCCGUAACCAUAGUUCUCUACGCAGCCACAUUCGAACUCACACAGGUGAAAGACCUUACAAGUGUCCUCACUGUGGAAAGGCCUUCACUCAGUAUGGUUCUCUACACACCCACAUUCGAACUCACACUGGAGAUAAACCAUUUCAGUGUCAAUAUUGUGAAAAGACCUUCCGUAACAGUAGUUCUCUACGCAGCCACAUUCGAAUCCACACAGGAGACAAACCUUACAAGUGUCCUCAAUGUGGAAAAUCAUUCACUAACUCCAGUCAUCUACACAGCCACAUUCGAACUCACACCAGACACCAGUGUCCAUCACCUGAUAGUGUGGAUCAUUCAUCAGUAUUAUCAUGA